CCCCCGCCAAGUUCCGGCGGCGGCAUGGCGACCUAUUACGAGAUCCUCGAGGUGGAAGAGCAUGCCACAGACCACGACAUCAAGCAGGCGUACCGCAAACUUGCGAUCAAAUGGCAUCCUGACAAGAACAAGGAUCCCCAGGCUGAAGAAAAGUUCAAGAAGAUCGGCGAAGCGUAUGCGGUGUUGAGUGACCAAGGCAAGAGAGAGGAAUACGACUAUGCAAGAAAAUAUGGCGGCGGCCGCGCGGGAUCUCGUGGGGGACGCAGUGGCUCGGCGUCUGCGUUUUACUCGGACGGCGUGUUCCAGCCGUUCAGUGUCUUCGACGCCCAGGACAUUUUUCGAGCGUUUUUUGGGGGUGGUGACCCAUUUGCUCCCACAAACCAACGGAGGGCUCACGGAUUUGAUCCGUUCUCUCGUGGAAGUAUCCUGGAUGACCUGUUUGAUGAUCCUCAUGGCGGCAGGGGCUUCGGUGGUGGGUUUGGUGGGUUUGGUGGAUUUGGUGGAUUUGGCAACAUUGUGCUGAGCUCCAAUUCGUUCGGAAGCGGUGGAAGCAUGAUGAUGAGCAGCAGUACCUCCAGCAGUUCGUCCAGCAUUCGCAACCGCAACGGUCAAGUCAUCACAAAGACGACAUCGACGAUUCACCACGCCGACGGUCGUGUCGAAACGAAGUCGGAGGAAUACGUGAAUGGUAAGCUGACUCAGUCGACGAGCAACAUUGCCCCCGCGUCGAAGCGACUCGCUGGAGCUGGGCGCAUGCAGCUGCAGGCUGAGGACCGUCGUCGGUCCGAUUUGUAUUGACUAUUCUCGUAACCCCCUCAAUUAAACUCGACCCGUUGCCUUUUCCUAUGCAAAGAAUCCAUCGACCCCAAUUAUCACAGCACGUGGGUAAUCCAUCCCGGAAUUCUUUUCACGAACGAGUCCACACGAACGACGAAAAUGAUCCAGGAGAGCACGGCGAACGUGGCCUGGGCAAGAUUGGCCGCAACAAUCGAUUGCGCGCUUAGCACGCGAUGAAGCAGUUGCCACAUUUCCGAAGCCCGUUUUCCAAUGGUGAAAUCAACGGAACAGAAUCGCUCCGCGCCGAGUCGUGUGCAUUAGUCCAUCUUGUUUUCUAUACAUACGUUGCCGCAAGACGGUUGAAGCCGCUCUCCAAGCGCAAGUACGACUCCAACCACGCGUUCGCGGGAGCAACUUGCUGCAACUGCGCGAGGUACUGCUGGAUCGUGUCUUGGCCCUUCUUCAAAUGCUGGGCCGUGGCAAUUAAGUUGACAUACGUAUCUUCGAACGUCGGGUCUUUCGCCACGGCUUCGAGCAACAACCGAUCAGCUUCGGCGAAGUUAGCGAGGCCCAUGAACGCCGCAGCAGACCCGUUGAGCAGCCACGCCGAUGCACCAAAUCGGUCUCCAAGUUCCUGGAAGUGGAGAGCUGCUUCAUCGCAUGCAACUCCACCUUUUGCAACCAACGUCCAUGACAGCGCCAAUUGGGUUGUCGUCGCGUCUUCGUCGAUGCGCUGCAUGUCCGCAACGUGCUUUUCGGCGAGGUCCACGCGAUCCAUCUUCAGGUAGAUCAGUACGGCAUACAUAGAAUGCUCCAAAGUCUUUCCCUUGAGAAAUGCGGACAGCGCGUCCGAGAAUUUAUGCUCUCUCAUGAAGAUCAACCCCGCCACGAGGAGCAAGUGCGGGUUUUCGCUAUGUUGGGAGUUGAGCCACUCGCGCACGGUAAGCAACGUGAUUUCUGCAUCCCCCCCGUUGAGGUAUGUCGCGUAAAGCUUGAUGGCAUUCAGUGAGAUAGAUGCGACGCCGUCAGGGAUUGCUGUCAACACGGCUGCGUAGUUGCGAAGGCCAAGAUGGGAGCGAUAGACGUAGAUGUCGCGCUCCAGUUUGGUUGCUUCAGAGACAUGGGUCAGAACCGUUGCUUCUUGGAUCGCAUUGCGGUAGUUGCCGACCCAAAACUGGUUCUUCAGCGUGAAGAGAUCAUCGGGCUCGCUCAUGGCCGCUGGUAAGAUGUC